AGCUAAAAAGCUUGCUACAGAGAUAGAGAGAGAUAGAGCUAGUUAUCAAUGGGUGGUGGUCGUAAAAGUGAACAACGCCUCUCGCGUAGAUAUCGCAGUGGAAGUAAGCCGAAAAAUACGGUUUCCUGCUAUACGCGCCCUCGCUCCAGAAAUCGUUCACGCUCCAAGCACCGCUCACGCUCCCGUAGCCGUUCCCGCUCCCGUUCCCGCUCCCAUUCACGUGCCAUCACCCGAUAUCGUUCCACCCGUUCGGUUGUCACUUUCCAGAACAAGGCAAAGCCAGUCCCCUUGAAGAAUCCAACAAAACGCCGUGGAUGCGUUUCCAGCCUGUGGGAUGUGCCACCAGAGGGCUAUGCCCAUGUGACUCCCAUGCAGUUCAAGGCCAUGCAGGCCAGCGGCCAGAUCUCGGCGCCCAUUCUGUCCCCCACACAGCCGACAGCGGACACGGCGGCCAUUGCUAUGGUGACGCGCCAGGCGCGACGCCUUUACGUGGGCAACAUCCCAUUUGGCGUCACUGACGAAGAGAUGAUGGAGUUCUUCAAUCAGCAGCUGCUGCUGGUCGAGGACGACUGCGGCGGACAGGUCUGUCUCGAUGGCAAGGCAGUGCUGUCGUGCCAGACAAAUCUCGACAAGAAUUUUGCCUUCCUUGAAUUCCGUUCGAUGCAGGAGGCUACGCAGGCUACCAGAUUUGAUGGCAUCUCUUUCCAUGGACAGUUGCUGAAGAUACGACGGCCACACGACUAUCAUCAUCCAGUGGUCAACGUCGGAUGUUCCUCAUCGGCUUCAUUUGCGGCUGGAAAGUCGCAGCUCUCUGUUUCCCCUGCCCUUGUGGCAGGUGCAGUGGGCCGCCAGGCCAUCGCAAAUCUCGUUCCCGAUUCGCCAAAUAAGAUCUACAUUGGCGGUUUGCCCACCUGCCUGCACGAGUUGCAGAUCAAGGAGCUGCUGCUGUCCUUUGGCCAGCUUCGGGGCUUCAAUCUGGUCAAGGACGUCACCUCGAACCUCAGCAAGGGGUACGGGUUCUUCGAGUAUAUCGAUCCAACGCUCACGGAGCAGGUCAUUGCCAGCCUCAAUGGCAUGCAGCUGGGCGAUCGCCGCCUCAUCGUUCAACGCUCCAUUCCCGGCGGUCGCUUCUCAAGCACCCAGCAGAUUCCCAUUCAAGUGCCCGGCAUAGUGGCGACUUCCUUCGCAGCAGCCACCACGGCACUGAACAAUGCCACCCAAGUGCUUUGCUUCCUCAAUAUGGUGCUGCCGGAGGAGCUGUUGGACAACGAGGAGUACGAGGACAUACGCACCGACAUCGAGCAGGAGUGCAGCAAAUUCGGCGAGGUUCUUGGCCUCAAGAUACCACGCCCCCAUGCCAAAGGUGCAGACACUGGCACUCCCCCCAAGGGCUGUGGCAAGGUGUAUGUCCAUUUUGCCACCAUCGAGGAUAGCGAGAAGGCUUUGGGCGCCCUGAGUGGCCGCAAGUUCAGCGGCCGCAUUGUCAUUGGUUCAUUUUUCAAUCGGGACAAGUACUUUGAAGAUGAUUUUUGAAGUUUAAUUG